AUGGGUAUAAUAACAAACAUACGCAAGUUCGGACUGGAGUACUGCGACCUGCCGACAAUGGUUUGGAAUGUAGGUCUCAUGCUUCGAGUGGUAACCCUCAACGUGGACCCGCGCCAUAAGAAGCGUAGCCCUAUUGUAUUAUAUAUAACGACAAUUAUAUCUGCCAGCCUGUAUUACUACUCAUACUUCUUCUCUGCCCUCUGGUUUGUGUUCGUGACGAGCAGGGCGGAAAAAGACAUGAUAUCUGCUAUGGUGGUCAUAUCGCUGUGUCUCUGUGGAUUAAUAGGGCCCAUUAAACUGAUCUUCUUAAUUUUUAAAAGAAAAGAAAUAAAAAACUUAGUUGCCAAAUACCUGGAACUCAAUUCCGUAAUAACGCCCGCCAGCAGAUUUCAGCAAAAUCUAUUGAAACGUAUGAGGAGUGUGAAAAAACGAGUAAUUUUCUUCUGGAUUAUGCUCACCGUGAAUGGUUUGAUUUACUUCAUUCGACCUUUAUUUUUCCCUGGACGACGGUCUUUGGAAGAAAAUUUUCCUAUUUAUGGUCUAGAACCUCGUCUGGAGUCUCCAUACUACGAAGUGAGCUAUAUAAUUGGUGUAAUAUCUACAAUAUACAUGCUCCACCUUACCAUUCAUGUAACGGGGCUUCUUUUAACUCUAAGCGGUUACACAGAGUCACAAAUGCUUGCCCUUGCGGAAGAAUUUCGAGAACUGUGGAUCGACGCUGAAAUACAUUAUCAAGAAAUUACCGCAAGUAGGGCAUCGACGGCAGAUAACAGUCAAAAUAUAAUAAAAAAUAACUAUAUAAGAACACAAUUACACAGUAUGAUAAAAAUACACACAGCAAAUAUAGAAAUUUGGCGCCAAAUUGAGAUUGCAUUCAGAGGUGCUCUUGCAGCGGAAUUCGUUCUUCUAAUAUUCAGCCUGAUAGCUGAACUACUUGGUGGUCUGAAGAAUACAUACAUACAAAUACCGUACGGGUUCGCUUUAGUGGGAAUGGAUUGCCUCGCGGGUCAAAGAGUUUCGGACGCAAGCGUCGCUUUCGAGAAGGCGGUGUACGAGAGUAAAUGGGAAAACUUUAAUGCGGAAAAUAUGAAAAUUAUAUGGAUGAUUAUAUUGAAUUCUCAAAAACCUUUGCAGUUGUCAGCCGGGGGGCUCGCAAAUUUAAAUUUAAGUAUUUUGAUGACUAUCGCUCGGUCUGUAUAUUCUGCUUACACUGCUUUCAGUUCUCAUGUUAGUCGUUGAAAUGAAUAUCUCUUUGUGUGUAACGGAUUGUCUUCUGAAGAACUGACUUGAUGCCCAGAGCCACUUAUCACUAAUCUGACCUGAAGAUGUCUUCAGGGAAUUCAUUCUCACACGCUAAAUCUUACAACCUAAUGGAUUAUUGUGCAAUGUGUGUUCAGGUGAAUUUCCUUCCGCAGAUACUCAAAUUGUGUAAUGAGUUACCUGCAGAUAUUUUGUCAAAAGACAAGAAUGUCUAUUAAGGUUUCUUAAGGCAUGGCGCAUACAUGACGUUUCCAAUAUUUGAGCGUCCACAGACUACGGUAACCUU